GAACUUGGUUGCUUUUGACGUGUCAUCAUACGGCCUAAAAUCAGAAAACUAAAAUAUAAGUUAGAAUUGCAAAGUUAUUGGUUUUAGAAAGUAUAUUUAUCAUAUAAUUAAUAAUUGCAUAAAAUGGAACCUUUGGUUGUCAACCAGCCUGUUGUCAUUGACAAUGGUUCUGGUGUUAUAAAAGCUGGUUUUGCUGGGGAGCACAUUCCAAAGUGCCGUUUUCCAAACUAUAUUGGACGACCUAAACAUGUUCGGGUCAUGGCUGGUGCGCUUGAAGGCAAAAUUUUCGUUGGUCCAAAAGCGGAAGAACAUCGUGGUCUACUAAGUAUACGGUACCCCAUGGAACAUGGUAUAGUUACAGAUUGGAAUGAUAUGGAACGAAUUUGGAAUUACAUUUAUAGUAAGGAGCAAUUAACUACAUUUCCUGAAGAUCAUCCUGUUUUGCUAACAGAAGCACCAUUAAAUCCAAGAAAAAACCGAGAAAAGGCAGCUGAAUUUUUCUUUGAAGGUAUAAACGUACCCGCUCUUUUUGUGUCAAUGCAAGCUGUCCUCAGUCUUUAUGCUACAGGCCGUGUAACGGGUGUUGUUUUGGACUCUGGCGAUGGUGUUACUCAUGCAGUUCCUAUUUACGAAGGAUUUGCGAUGCCUCAUAGUAUUAUGCGUGUUGAUAUUGCUGGACGAGAUGUUACACGUUAUCUAAAGACUCUUAUUAGAAAGGAAGGCUUUAAUUUCCGAACUACUGCAGAAUUCGAAAUUGUGCGGUCCAUUAAGGAGAAACUUUGUUAUCUAGCGACUAAUCCCCAAAAAGAGGAGAGCGGAGAAACUGAAAAAAUCUCUUAUAUAUUGCCCGAUGGCAAAACCUUAGAAGUUGGGCAAGCAAGGUUUAGGGCACCUGAAGUUCUGUUUCGACCAGACUUACUCGGUGAAGAAUGUGAGGGUAUUCACGAUGUACUUAUGUAUGCUAUUGAAAAGUCGGAUAUGGAUCUCAGAAAAAUGUUGUAUCAAAAUAUCGUACUAUCUGGUGGGUCUACGCUAUUUAAAGGAUUUGGUGAUCGUCUAUUGUCUGAAUUAAGAAAACAUUCAGCAAAGGACCUAAAAAUUAGAAUAGCAGCGCCUCAAGAACGUCUAUAUUCUACAUGGAUGGGAGGCUCCAUUUUGGCAUCGCUAGACACAUUUAAGAAAAUGUGGAUUUCCAAACGAGAAUAUGAAGAAGAAGGACAACGAGCAGUACAUAGAAAGACAUUUUAAAUAAUUAACUAAUUUAAAUGUUUGUACUUAUAAACAUAAGUCAAUGCUUUAAAUUCAAAAACUGAAUGCAAAUCAUUGUUUCACAUGACUGCUGAGUUAAGAACAAGAGAAAAACCAUCUAAACACAUACUGUGAAGAUUAAAUAUUUAAACUAAUUUAAAAGUAAUACAUUGCAAAUGAUACAUAAUUUAAUACCAUCGCCUAAUUGUAUUAUACUUGUGAAAGUGCUUAGAAACGUCUAAAUUAAAUGUGAAACCAGUAUAAAAAUUUAAUUACAAUGGGGAAUGCUCCCCAAAAAUAUGCUAUAAUAGGAUUCUUUUCUAAUAAUACUCAACCAAAUUGGGUUCAAUAAAUCGUUAUUGUAAAAUAUGA